UCUAGAUUCUAGAUCUAGAUUCUAGAUCUACUUAAUAGAUAUAAAUAAUGAAAAGAUUGUUAAUGGUUAUUGAAAAAUAUAAAGACAAUGAAACAAAGGAUGCAGCAGCUAAGUGUGCUAAAAAAAUUAUUUCCAAGAUAUCAGCUGAAGAUGCACAAAUCAGAAUAAUAUCAACUGGACCACUUUUGGAGCAGCCUAUUACAGUUAUACACCAAAGUGAAUGGAUAUCUUUGGAUGAAGCACACAGAUUGUUGGACUUGAAUUUAGGAAAUGAAGAAAGAAUUUCCUCUCCAAUGGGCAAAUCAUCUGACUUGGCCAUUAUGCUUCAUGAAGCUGCCGACACAUUGCCAUAUCUAGGAUACAGCCUGGACCUGAUUUUUAUCAUGGGCUGUUUAGACAACUGCAACUUAACCACAUCUACAAGUUUUAUACCCAUAGCAGGAGCAUUAAAACGUCUUAUUGAAUGGCAUAAUGGACAUGCAGUUUUUGUCAAGUUGAAGCCAGAGCUUUCUGCUAUAGGGAAACAGUUAGCUGAGUUUGGCCAUUGUCAAAUAGUCGACAGUUGUGAAGAGUUGGUCCUUAAAGACAUUAGGUGGACUGGGAAAAUUUCUAUGAAUGAACCUGUGGAAAACACAACUCAUGUUUUUUCUGGUUACUUCCUGCACUGUGAUGAUUGGGACACAUUUUUCCUGCAUAAGCUCCCACCCAUCAAGAUGGAAAAUAACAAAAGAAGCAGAAAUACAAAAAAACAUGGAGAGUUAUCUCAGCCUGAACUCAAACAGCCCUUGCUGGGCAGAACUAUUGAAGUUUUGCAAGAGGUUGAUCUUAGAACAUUUCCACUUUUCUUGGUGGAUUCCUGGACUUUGCAAUUGGGUGUAAGGGAUGAUUCUUCAAAAGAUCUUUUUGAUUAUAUACAAAAUAUGGAACAGACUGGUCUCUUGGUACGCCUCAGGGUAUAUCCUGAUGGUAACAAUAUUUUAACUUGCGGAGAGUUGUUUAACAUGAACACUAGAGCAUGGAAAGAGAGGAUUAUUGCAAAUUACCAGGAUGUGUCAGAACCUGAAGAAAUUCCAUUGGCACAUGGAGUCAAGUUUAUAUAUUUUUUGUUGCUCCCAAACCAUGAACCAUCCACUAGUAUACCAACCUAUGUGCUUGCUAAGUCUGUGUUGUCCCCACAUGAAGUAAACAGAAAUCUACACACUAUCCUAGAGGAUCAUAUGAAAAUAGGGACAUCAAACAGUACUUUGUCACAGCUAAACCCAAACAGCAGCUUUUUGUCUGAUACCCCAGUCAUGGAACAGAGAGAAAAAUUAACAACCAUGUUGAACUUGCUGCAGAGAAGUCAGGAGUUGCUUAAAGAUACUGAAGAGCUAGCCAUUGCUGAAAGAACACAAGUGCUGGAGACUGUGGCAAAAGUACAAGAUAAUAUAUUGACUGCUGCUUUCAGUAACUGUCGCACACUUAAAGACUACAUGACAGAUAACACCCGCCCAAAAUCAACACAGUACAUUCACUGGAUCCCAGAAUCACACCUAGAUAGUUCAAAAUUUCCUGAAAAGUUAACUUUACAAGCAAAAGAUUCAACAAGGAAGUCACUGCACAGUUAUCCCUCCAUGGACAGUGUGGUCUCCUCUCCCUUGUCUUUGGCUGAUUUGGAAAAGAAAAAAAAUUCAACAGACUUUGAUAUUAAUGAUGUGCUGCAGAUUUUUAAACCUGAUGGAAGUCACAUAACUCUACCAAAAACUCCUGUUAAACUUAAAGGACGAGGCCUGUGUCGUGUAGAAAGUCAGCAAGAUAUAAAUGUUAAUUGGCCAGACAGUCAACAGAUUAGAUAUCAUGAUAUUUACUACUAUACAGAUGAAAAUGAUCUACACCUUGAAAAAAUACACACAAAGAUUCGUGACCAAGGAAACUUCCAAGACACCUGUUGUUCUUUUUUGUCUCCAAUAAAAAAGAGGCAGAAACCCCGGCUAUCACCUGUUAGGUCAUCACCCAGAAGAGCAACAGUAAUGCAGCGGUUGAUGUCCAGGGAAAAGUUUAACAACUUAAAUGGUAAAUCCCACCAAUCAAGUUCAUCUGAUAACUCAUUCAAAAAACCAUCUUCAGGGCGACUAAGUAGUCCUUUAAAAACAUCAACCCAGAUCAUUCCAACCUCGUGCUCCUCAUGUGAAACUACAAGUCGCAAAAGAAAGAGAUCUUCAAACCCCAUCCAAAUACCACCAGAGCCCACAAGAAAAAGUCCAAGAAAGCGUCUAUCUUGCCUCUUUACACAUGAGGUUAUAUCUAAGGCUGAGCCUACCAGUCUGAAGAGAGAAAAUUUAAAUCAAAAUACGCCAGGAUCAUCUAAGUUGGAUUCUUCUAAAAGUCUAAAGAAAAAUGUAUUUGCCACCUCUUGUGAAUUAGGCAAAUCAGAUGCAUCAGUUCCUGUACCCUGGGCUCUUACCUCGCUAGACCCUCCAGUCAGGAGAUCACCUAGAAAAUCUACACAAUCAGCUGCUGGAACAUUUCCACUUAAUUUUAGCAAAUUAAACAAUAGUUCUUCAAGUGAAAUAGACUUGAUGAAAAAUUUCCCAACUAAAGAAACUCCAAAAUGUAAUCAGGAAAGUUCUUCUGAGAAACAAAAGUCUGAAAAGUUAAAAAGAUCAGAAAGGCAUAAAAUGAAACUUAAAAAGAUUAUAGAGAAUGUAUUGGCAGAAAAGAAUGUGAAGCCAUGUGAUACAAUUUAUGCAGCCUGCUGUAGAAACUUAUUCAAUGUCAGUAUGGUACUGCUAAAGACACUGACCACAUCUCACAACCUCACAGAAGAAAUGAAGACAGUUGUUCAUACCCAAGUCACACAGAUAAUCAACCUUGAGAAACGAAGGUGCGGAAUAACAGUUUAAUACCAAUUAAUAACUCAAGGACAAGAGAUAUUCAUAACAUUUUAUAUUUAUUUUCAAUUGUACAGUCAUUCAACCAAAUAUGAAAUGUAUAUGACAAUUCACUAAAACAAUUUUUAUUUGGUCUUUACAAACAUUCAUUAAAUAUCAAAUUACAGGACUGACUGAGUCUU